AUGAACGAAAAAAUCUCCUUAAACCAGUCUGCAAAAUUUUUACCCCUAAAAUCAGAAAACGACCCUCCUAAGGCAUCUUUCAAAGAUCUAAUUGGUCAAGCAUAGGUAGCAACCCCACACCCCCACCCCCCCUAAAAAUGGUACCCCCAUCCCCCUUUCACAGAUUGUACCCCCACCCCCCCCUCUCGGGUUUAUUCUAUAGAAGUAAUUGAUAGGAAACAAGCAGAAUAAUUUAAAUAUAAUCCAAUUUAAACACUAUAUUGAUAAAUUAAGUUCACAAAUUACUUUAUAUUUAUGAUUAAUUAAUAAAUUUAAAUUAAUUAACAAUUAAUUAGAAAAUAUAUUAAAUUUGCUUUUUAUAUUUAUAAAUAUAAUGUCUAUGAUAUAGAUUAUGGCAUUAAUUAUUAAAUGAGCCAAGCACAACACAAUAACUUGCAUUAAAUUUAUUGAUUCAUACAUUAAAGCUAAUCUAAUGUCCAUUGUACAAGGAUUGCAGGACUGAAUUGAUAACAGGAUUCAAUAGUGGUAAUAAAAAAUAGUAUUUGCUAUUGCCAGUUUUACUUUUGGAUCUCUAAUUCGACUUUUAGCCAUUGUCCACAAAGUUCAUAAAUAUAUGCAGGAUAUAUUGCUAAUUAAUACCAAAAAUCAUUAUUAUGCUUGUUAACAAAUUUUUUUCAUAUGUGGUGUGCUUAGUAGUUAUAGGAAAUUCUCACCUCAUUCCACAUACUCCUUAAUCGAUUGUGCUACGCUAUGCGGAUAUUGUAUAAAUCAGUAAUUUUGAAUAUUUAAAAUAAUAAUUUAUUUAUUACGCCUGCUCUAAAUUGGCAUUUGUCAUAUAUAGAAGUUUCCUAUGUUUGGCGCUGUAAGGCCGAUAAAUUCUGAUCGGAAUUUAUCGGUAGGUUGCACCAAAUCAAUGCCUUGGUCGGACCAAAAAGCGAUUUGGUCCGACGAACUUGGAAAGCUCCUGGGAAAAUGUCAGCGCUUUUAGCGCUAUAUAGAGGAAACCUCUAUAUUUAUGCUAUAUUAUUAAGGGGGGGUGGGGGUGCCAUCUGUGAAAGGGGGGUGGAGGGGUGGGGGGGUGGGGGGUGUAGGGUUGCGACCUAUGCUUGACCAUCUAAUUAUGAUGAAAUCCAAAACAGAGUCCCCAUUCUCCCGCCAAAAGAAGGAAGACUUUAGCAUUGCAUUAGCAAAAGGAGUUCUAAUUGAUUCAGAUAUCAAAGACGAACUUGAAAUAUUAGCCCCCGUGCAAUUGAACGGAUUUACUUUUAAAUCAAAAACCAACAACCCAAGAGAACUUCUCCGCGAAAAUUUAAAAAAAAGAAUUAAUGACCGAAAAACUGCACAUAUGGAAGCUGAAGCAGCUUUUACAAAAACUAGUACUGAGUUAGAAGGGAAAAAUAAGCCCGCCAAUGAAAGCGAAAGCGACAGCGAAUUCCAUCCUGAGGAAGAAGAAGCUUUAGAAUUGCAAAAAAUCAUCCAGCUUGAAGAAGGUGAAAGCUCUGAAUCUGCUGAAUCAAUAGAGGAUAAAGACCCAGAGAAUGUGAAAGACAAAUGUGAAGAGUCAAGCGACACUGAAAGUGAGACGGAAACUGAUAUUGAAGAAAAUAAAAAUGAAAGCAAUAAAGAGACUGAAAACACUAUUCCUAACUUAAAUAUACAGGAAAGUGCAAUAACAGACUCAAUUACAGUGGCAACUUCUCCUUUUAUUCCAGUUGAGAAAAGAAAAGCUCCAAGAUUUGUGUCUAAAUUUUUAGAAGAUGAGGCAGAGCUUGGAAGUGAUCAUGAAGAACAUGAUGAUUUAGUUAAAGUUCACAAAGACAAUGAUGAGAGCUCGGGGGAUGAUAAAGAUCUUGAAGAACUUAUUGAUGCUGGAGAAGUUGAUGAAGCCAAAGAGAUGCUAGAAGCUAAAUUUCUAGGAGAUAUGGCUGUACAAGACCAUCAGCAGCUACAAAAAGUUGUAAAUGCUGAUUUUAAACGCAAAAGAAAUCAAAUUGAUUAUUUAAAUGAUACACCUACAAUAGGAACUAAAAAAAUGAAAUUAAUGGAACAAAAGAAGCAAAUCCUUGAAAAUAGAGAAAAAGGAGUUGUAGUAGAAAAUCAAUUUGGGAUGGCUUGCGAUAACACAGAAGAAUUAGAUGAGGAAGAAAUGAGCAAGUUACAGCUUUUGAGGGAAACCCAUAGCUUGAAGUUAAUUAGAAACCAAUUUAGCUGCCCAAUAGAAAUUGAUGAAAAGUCACUUUCUUAUUUGAUGAUGCUAGAAAAACCGGAAAAUAAAAUUCCAUGCAAAUCACUAUUGGGAGAAAAUGAUAAAUCUAAUAGUAUAAGGGUGUUUAGAGAAAACAGCAAUCUUACAUCGAAUAAAUCGUUUGUGUUUUCAAAGGGAGAGAAUAAAGAGCAGAAAGGAAAGGGGAUUUUCGAGAAGAAACGAAAAACCAAGUUGUAUAAAAUGCUUAGUAAUUAG